UAUCGCAGUGCUGCGAAGGUAGCUGGUGUUGUCAAGUGUGUGUUGUCUAACUGUCAAAAAAAUGAUGACUUCUACGGAAACGUCGGAAGUAGAGAACCUGGGUGAGAAAGGUGCCGAGGACUCGGCGAUUCUGGAAGUGAGCUCGAUGGCGGUGGGCGGAAUUGUGAAGCAGGAGAGCCGCGAUGUCGAUUUCCUGUCCAACUGCAGCACCUCCAUCGAAGGAUCCGUGAUUGCAUCCCCUUCUAUUGACAGUUUCUCUACCCUACCGGAUCAGGAGAUGUCAGACUUUCAAACAGACUCUCGAGAUUUGCAAGUGAAAGUAGACAAUCCGCAGAAACACCUAGAAACCUUAGAAACUUAUAUCACAUUCCGUAUAACGACCAGAACUACGCGUCCAGAAUUUGAAGAAGGGGAGUACAUAGUCCGUAGGCGCUAUAAUGACUUCAUCUGGCUUCGUCAGAAGUUGGUGGAUGCUUAUCCGACACAUAUUAUACCACCAAUGCCAGGCAAGCAUACACUGCUUGCUCAAUUGGACCGUUAUUCCAAAGAAUUUGUCAUAGCUCGCAUGAAACUUCUGCAUAUAUUUCUAAACAGAGUGGUGAAUCACCCCAUUCUCAGUUGUGACAAGAAUCUUCAUAUCUUUCUCACAACUAAACCUGCUGAAUUCCUCGUUCAUCGUAAAAAUCGUGGAAACGUGCUCGUCAAAAUGACCGAUUCCUUGCAAAACAUAGCGAGUACGUAUACGAUGAAGCAGCGUCACGUGGAGUUCGAACAGAUUCGGGAAUAUUGUACAGCGCUGAGUGAAAAAUUGUCGACUGUUGAUAAAAUUAAUCAUCGCAUACAUAAGGAAAGACAGGAUUAUUUAUUGGAGCUUCAUCAGCUACAUCCUAUAUUCACACUGUGGGCAACUUCAGAACCAGAACUUGCUCCAAUUUUAUUGGCGAUCGCUAAAGCAGUGGAAUCAAAUGCACUGGCGCAUCAGAAACUUUUGGAGAAUGUUCCUAACGACGAACGCGAGUAUGUCUCGUACAUAGAGGCGGUCAAGAGUGCACUGUCUCGUCGUGAUUCAAUGCAGAUUGAAUAUGAGAUAACCGUUGACGAAUUGGCGAAAAGAAGAUUAGAGAAAGAUCAGUUGGUAGGUGUUACCAGCUGCACGGUUCCUACACAGGGUUGGGGUGGAUCUUUGUGGAAGGCAGAAUCUCGUGAUGAAAAGUUGGAGAGACUCGGCCAGACUAUUCCGCGGUUAGCCAAGCAAACAGAGAUUUUACAAGAUCGCGUGGAAUGUGCGAAUGAAAAUCUGCGAAGUGAUUUGCAAAGGUGGAACGCGGAGAAGCAGACGGAUCUGAAGAAUAUGCUAAUCUCGAUGGCGGAUCGACAUAUCAGACACUAUCAACAGUCCAUGAACGCGUGGGAAGAAAUACUCGCUGGCCUCAAAUUGGACGGAAUCGGAUCUGAUGCUAACGUAGGACCGCCCGUUAAAAUACCCGUUUGAAUCUCUACUCUCUUUUCGCCACAUUGAAAGGAUAUAGAGUAAAUGUUCGUUAUGUCUAUACAAAGGUAAUAAUAACACACCAGUUCGAGAGAAUCUCUAUUAAAUAAUGACACAAAGAGUUUAUUGCAAUUCAAAGAACAAUCUCUAUUAGCUUGUCAAUAUCAAUGCUUUAUGAAAACGAUUCGACGAGAAUUCCGAGAAAAAAGAUUAAUUAGUAUGCGAAUUGCAACGGUUGCGUUUGAUGAUAGUAAAAGUUGCGCAUUUAUGUAUAUACAUGUUACAUGUAGUACACUAAUAUCAAAACUCUAUUCGAAAAGAUCUGCCUUUUUAUGAUACAAUACAAUCUUGUGAUAACAUGAAAAAUUAAGUAUAAUGCAAUUUGGUCCUACAAAUACACACACACACACACACACACACACAUAUACAUACAUA